UCUCUGGAUUAUUGGUGUAUAAUAACCCAGCCUGCUGCUGGUGGACGGUUCGUAUUUCACCUCUAGACUACAUUUCCCACAAUCCCUUGCGGCAUCGCGAUCCCGCCUCCUCCUCCUUGCUGUUUUUGUGCUGACUGGUUCAGCUCAGUCCGCCAUGGAGGUGACAGCUGCCCGGCGCUCGUUUUUAUGCGACAUUGGCUCCUGGGCGGACCGAACAGCUCUGCAUGAAGCAGCAGCCCAUGGCAGGGCCCUCCAGUUGAAGCAGCUGCUGGAAGAGGGGGCCCCCGUUAACGUGGUGACUGUGGAUAACAUCACGCCGCUACACGAGGCCUGCAUACAGGCCCAUCCAAACUGUGCCCGCCUUCUGCUGGAGGCCGGAGCUCAGGUGGAUAUCCGGACCAUCCAUGGCAGUACUCCUCUCUGCAGCGCCUGUGCUGCUGGAAGCCUGGAAUGUGCAAAGCUGCUGUUGGAGUACGGAGCCAAAGUAAACCCAUCUCUAACAGCACUGACUGCAUCUCCGCUCCAUGAGGCCUGUAUCCACGGUAAUGCUGACGUCGUCAGGCUGAUGAUAACCAAUGGUGCAAAGCUGGAAGCCUUCGAUAUCCACUUCGGCCCCCCUCUUCACAUAGCGUGCGCUAAAGGGCGCUUGGAUUGUGUCAAGGAACUGCUAAAAGCAGGCGCCGACGUGAAUUCGGUGAAGUUCCAUGAGACGGCUUUGCACCACGCAGCUCGAGCCAACAUGGUGGACAUGAUGGAGCUGCUGGUAGAGUUUGGAGCCGAUGUUUUUGCCAGUGACAAUCUUGGAAGAAAGCCCAUCGAUUACACAGACCCGGCUUCGCCCUCUUACUCCUGCCUCCAGUUUUACGAAAGUAACCCUCUGAACCUCCAGCAGCUUUGCAGGAUUGCGUUGAGGAGGAUGCUGGGUACCAAAGCCUCAGAGGUCAUGGAGCAGCUGAAGAUCUCCCAUCGCAUCUACAACUACCUCCAGUUCUCUGAUCUCCUGUGAACCAAAAUAUUCAUUCAGUUUGUUGGAGUAACACAAUGUUACACUAAAAAAUGUAUUUAAAAUACAGUCUUAAAUUUAA